AUGACAGUAAACCGCACUCUUGACCAGGAAGGACCCGCGACCCUUACAGUGUUCUUUACACCUCCUCCAAGAUCUUCUUCCGCUACAGCAUCGUCUGCACCUUUUUCGUCGACAGAUCCAUCUACUGCGCCAUCAGGACAUGCGUCUGGUGCCAAAAUAGAGACGAUUGACAUGAAGCAUAAGCACGAGAGUGAGAUUCUAUCUAGGCUGUUAGAGUUGACAAAAGGAAUGCCGUACGAGGCGAGUCCUGAUGAGUUGGCUGAAUUGAGAGACGUGGAUGAUGAGAAGAGGCAGAGCGAGAGAGACAGAGAGGCGCAGGCCAGGUUGAAUGAGAUUAAGAGGCAGGAGAAAGCAGUACUCGAUUUGGCAAGAGGGGGAGUUGAGGCUGCUUGA